CUCCAACUUGGUUUUUCCUUAGAACCAAGUUACAGCGUCGAAUUUCGGGGUUUAUACAUUUGUUAUAUUUGUAUCAAAAUGGAACGAAAAUUAGCUUCACUAAGGUCCUAGAGCUUUAUUAUGAGGAAACUUUGGUUUUUUCCAUUUCUUCUAUUCGUAUUACAUACCGGGCCAUUUGGGCAUUUUAGAAAGAUUGUUAAAUCCGAUAUAUAGCAGAGUUACAUGCAACAGAAAUUAUGUGGCCAAAGAUAUCAAUUUUGGGGUUGGGGCUCGUGCAGCAAUGCUGGGAGGUGUCUCUGAGGUGGCUGAGGCCGUGAAAGUUACAAUGGGACCUAAGGGUCGUCAUGUGAUUAUUGAGAAAAAUCAGGGGGCACCUAAGAUUACAAAGGAUGGCGUUACCGUUGCCAAAAGCAUCAAUUUUAAGGAUAAGUAUAAGAAUAUAGGUGCAGAUCUUGUAAAGCAGGUUGCCAGAGCUACCAAUAAUGUUGCGGGCGAUGGUACCACUUGUGCUACUGUUCUUACCCAAGCAAUACUGACAGAAGGUUGCAAGUCGAUAGCUGCAGGGACAAAUGUGAUGGAUUUGCGCGCUGGUAUCAAUAUGGCUGUUGAUGCUGUUAUUGCAGAUCUGAAAAGCAGGGCAUUGAUGAUAAGUACACCAGAAGAAAUUACUCAGGUUGCCACUAUUUCUGCAAAUGGUGAACGUGAGAUUGGAGAAUUGAUAGCCAAAGCAAUGGAGAAAGUUGGAAAGGAAGGUGUCAUUACUGUCGCUGAUGGUAAUACCUUAGACAAUGAGUUAGAAGUGGUGGAAGGAAUGAAGCUAGCCAGAGGUUAUAUUUCUCCUUACUUUGUCACUGAUCAGAAGACUCAGAAAUGUGAACUUGAUAAUCCAUUUAUCCUCAUUCAUGAGAAGAAAAUUUCAGACAUGAAUUUUCUCGUGAGAAUUUUGGAGCAAACAGUAAAGAAAAACAGACCACUUCUUGUUGUGGCCGAGGACAUUGAAAGUGAUGCACUAUCCAUGCUUAUACUCAACAAGCAUCAUGCUGGGCUUAAGGUUUGUGCUAUUAAAGCUCCUGGUUUUGGGGAUAACAGAAAAGCGAAUUUAGACGAUCUUGCCAUCCUCACCGGUGGAGAGGUUAUCAGUGAAGAUCGUGGUCUAACUCUUGAUAAAGUCCAACUUGAAAUGCUUGGUACUGCAAAGAAGGUGACUGUCUCUCUUGAUGACACAAUCAUUCUACAUGGAGGUGGGCAUAAGAAGCUGAUAGAAGAAAGAUGUGAGGAGCUAAGAACUGCAAUGGAGAAGAGUACUGCCUUGUUUGACAAGGAGAAAUCACAGGAGCGUCUAGCAAAGCUAUCUGGGGGUGUAGCAGUGUUUAAGGUUGGAGGGGCAAGUGAGGCAGAGGUUGGGGAAAGGAAAGACAGGGUAACAGAUGCCCUAAAUGCUACACGGGCCGCUGUGGAAGAGGGUAUUGUCCCAGGUGGUGGUGUUGCUCUGUUAUACGCAUCCAAAGCUUUAGAAAAUCUUCAGACUCAAAAUGAAGACCAGAAAAGAGGCGUGCAAAUAAUCCAGAGUGCUCUCAAGGCACCCACAUUCACGAUAGUUCAAAACGCUGGUUUUGAUGGUGCAUUGAUUCUCGGAAAAUUAUUGGAACAAAAUGAUCCUAAUCUUGGUUACGAUGCUGCGAAAGGUGACUAUGUGGACAUGGUAAAAGCUGGCAUUAUAGAUCCUCUCAAAGUUGUGAGAACAGCAUUGUCAGAUGCUGCUAGUGUCUCAUUGCUUUUGACAACAACUGAGGCAGCUGUAGUGGAAAGCACAGAUCAGAAGAAACCUCCAAGCCGUAUGCCGGACAUGGGUGAUAUGGACUAUUGAAAGUCCUCACCAUGUCUUGCUCUGUUGCAAUGCCCUAGAGCUUUUUUUGAGAAAAAAGGUUGAAAGCUGAGAUUAAUUUCCAGAGCACAUGGAAGAUCCAUAUAAGUGUAACACAUAAUGUAAUUCUUUAAGUGUACGAUUAAGGAUUCAUAUGAAAUGUAAUAGAUUCAUUGAAAGUUUCUGUUGCA